AACAGAAUCUGAAAUCAUGGAAGAUGACAGCAAACUCCGUCAAAGAUGCACUUGGGAAAAAUUUGAAAAUGAAAAAUUCGGAGACGAUAAAGUAUGGUCAGAAACAUCUGACGAACAGAUGCGAGUGGAGAGAUCAAUCGCUGCCCUAUACACUGCUUUCAAGAACAAACUUGAUAUCAGCCCAGACAUUCCAGAGUUGGACAGGAACUCCCACAGGAUAUUUUUGUGGAAGGGCUUGAAGAAUUUGUCAUCGUCAUAUGAGUGUUUAGAUGCGAGUCGGCCGUGGUUGUGUUACUGGAUCCUGCACAGUCUAGAAAUCCUCAACGAUCCUGUUCCAGAGGAUAUAGCUUUGCAAGUUGUUGACUUCUUGAAGCGGUGUCAGUCCCCAACAGGCGGGUAUGCAGGUGGCCCAGGACAGAAUGCUCACCUGGCUCCAACGUAUGCUGCUGUCAACGCUCUCUGCAUCCUCGCACCAGUCACUGACGAGGCUUACAAGGCAAUCAACAGGGAGACAUUAUACAAAUUUUUAAUGAGGAUGCGGAUGCCCGAUGGUUCGUUCAAGAUGCACGAUGGUGGAGAAGUAGACAUCAGGGGAGCCUACUGUGCAGCCUCCGCAGCGAGACUGACAAAUAUAGCCACGAAGGAGCUAUUUAAAGACACAUCGUUAUGGAUUGCAAGCUGUCAGACAUACGAGGGAGGGUUUGCAGGCUACCCUGGGCAAGAAGCCCAUGGUGGCUACUCCUUCUGCGGGCUGGCUACCCUAGUCCUACUCAACGGUAUUCAGUACUGUAACAUCAAACAGGUUCUGAGGUGGACGGCAAAUCGUCAGAUGCGAUAUGAAGGGGGGUUCCAGGGCCGGACCAACAAACUAGUAGAUGGGUGCUAUUCAUUCUGGCAGGGAGGGAACUUCCCCCUGCUUCACAUGGUGCUGUGCUCUCAAGAUGACCAGACUCUCAGUGCCCACCGGUGGAUGUUCCAUCAAGAGCUGCAGGAAUACAUCCUGAUCUGCUGUCAACACCCUGGGGGAGGUCUCAUCGAUAAACCUGGCAAAUCCCGAGACUUUUAUCACACGUGUUACUGUCUCAGCGGUCUCUCCAUCGCUCAACACUUCACAGGGGGCCAUCUGGCGGACACGUAUAUUGUCGGAAACACCAAGAACGAAGUAAAAUCUGUGCAUCCUGUGUACAACAUCGGUAUUGAUGCCGUCAUCCAUGCCAAUGAACAUUUUAACUCACUGCCAGUUCCGGGAACGUCGGGGAAACACGAAGAGAAGUAACCUACCGUUUCUCCAACAUUCUUUUCUCAUGAGAGGCAGGACUGUCAGUAUUGUUUAUUGAGACAACUACAUCACACAUCGCGGUCAACCAAGUGAUAACCAGAUUUCACUAGCACUGAAUGUUUGUCAAGAUUUCGUCAAUGUUUUUUAUGGUUUCCAGCAUAGAUCUAUAAACAUGGUCCUAACAUGGGCUAGCAACCAAUUAUUUACCAGUAAGGGAAGAGUGUUUUAUGUGUAUAUCUACAUAAAGGCCAGGGAUGUUCAGGUCGUUUUUGUGUGCGUGAUAGGAUAGAGAGUGCCAACCCCAUGUUGUGGAAGAUGCCAGUUUAGUGGUAUUCAUGAUGACACUUGUCUGUACACUAGAUGCCAUGAAAUAUAUACAGUCAGGCCACGGUAAUCCGAACACUUCCGUUUUUCGUACGGAUAGUGAAACGUACAGACUACUGUAUCUGGAACGUAGAUAUCCAUUUCAGUGUUGAACUUUUGUCUUUUCUGCAAAAGGGUGGUGGGGUAGCCUAGUGGUUAAAGCAUUUGUCUGUCACGCCGAAGACCCGGGUUCGAUUCCC